AUGCCUGCCGGAAUCAACGAGGUGGCGGGCGUCAAGCGGGACGACGUCCAUAAACAGGUUAAGCAGUUGAUCCACGACAUGGUCAACAUCAACGACACCACGGGCGAGUUCUUGAUGACGCUCGAGAACGGCCGCGUCAUCGACACUAAGGGCUGGGAGGACUGGGAGUGGACCCACGGCAUCGGCCUGUAUGGCAUUUGGAAGUACUACGAGCUCAAAGGCGACCCGGCCGACCUCAAGAUCAUUGAGGAUUGGUUCAAGAACCGCUUCGAGGAGGGCCACAAGGGCAAGAACAUCAACACCAUGGCCGCCCUCCUCACCCUCGCCUACGUCUACGAGAAGACAGGCAACGACACCUACCUACCCUGGCUCGACAGCUGGGCCGAGUGGGCCUACCACGACCUGCCGCGCACAAAGUACGGCGGCAUGCAACACAUCACCUACCUCGACAUCAAUGAUCAACAGCUCUGGGACGACACCCUCAUGAUGACCGUCCUGCCCCUUGCCAAGAUUGGCCUCGUCCUCAACCGCCCCCACUAUGUCGAAGAGGCCAAGAGGCAGUUUCUCAUCCACCUGCAAUAUCUCUUCGAUCCCCCCUCCGGCCUCUUCUUCCACGGUUGGACCUUCCACGACGGUGGCCAUAACUUUGCCCGCGCCCGGUGGGCCCGCGGCAAUAGCUGGCUGACCAUCGCCAUACCCGAGUUCAUCGAGCUCCUAAACCUCAGCGGCGACGAUUCGCUACGCUCGCAUCUCGUAAACACCCUCGACGCCCAGUGCGCCGCCCUCGUGCCCCUGCAGGCUGAGAGCGGCCUGUGGAGGACGCUGCUGGACAUCUCCGAGGAGGAGGGCUCCUACGUCGAGGCGAGCGCCACCGCCGGCUUCGCGUACGGCAUCCUAAAGGCUCAGCGUAAGAGAUACAUUGGCAAGGAGUACGAGGAUGUGGCCGUCAAGGCUGUCAAGGCCGUCUUGGACAACAUUAGCCCCGAGGGUGAGCUGCUCAACACCUCGUUUGGCACUGCUAUGGGACACGACCUGCAGCAUUACAAGGACAUCCCGCGGACGAGUAUGCCAUAUGGUCAGGCCAUGGCCAUGAUGGCCCUGGUUGAGUUCCUCCGCGUGUUUGUAUAA